AUUGAUGCUGAUGUUUUAGCUAACCAGAAUAACGGCUCCAAAUCCUCCACAUUCGGUUUUACUUUAUGUUCAGAUAGCUUUAGCUCUCUUUCUGGCGAUCAAACUGAGCUUUGCCGUGUUAAGCAAUUCGUACCGGCCGAGUCUUUAAAAUCUAUUGUUGCUUCAGACAUUCAGUCCACUGACCCCUCCAUACUCUCCUCUUUUUCCUUUCCUUUAAUCUCGUCUAAUACUCAGAAUUCAUCCUCUCUCCCUCAUUUAGAAGCAAAUGCCCUUUCAAAUUCCUCGUUGUCAGCCUCGAAUCUGAAGAGGCCAAAUGAUUCACAUGUACUUGGAACCAUUCCUAUCGAUUCUCAUAUAUCAACUGCAUCCGUCGUAACCACUACUACUGCUACAAAGGAUAAUAAAGAUAAUGGCAAUGGUAAUAUUAUAAUCGAUAGAAGUCAAAGAUCUACUGUCCUCUUCUCGCCAAACACUUGUGCCAUUACUACCACUUGUAAUACUUCUAAAAUGGUUACAAUUAGUAGCCCUAACAUUGGCUCGCGUUCUAGUAUUCAUAUACGCGACCGAAUUUGUGAUCGAAAUUUCCCUUUUAGCUCCAGUAAUGUUAAUCUUAGUUGUAGCGAUGUUCGCCGUCCUUUUAAUUCUGGUUAUCAUGGUGAUAUUUCCCUGUCAUCUUUCGACAUAACCCAUCAUCCUUAUUAUCCGUUUUACCAGUACGGGCGAUGGCCUGAUUACCAAACUUUGACCAAUCUAACCUUUCCGCAGUCUUUCCAGAAUGUAUCUGGGACUUUUACCCAAAGUCCAGCUUUUCAUCAGUCUUUUCCAUGUGGUGUUCCCUUUCCACCCUCUAACAUUUAUUACCAAGGCAGUUACCAACCCUGCACGCAUUCAUAUACCGAGUCAUACAAUUUCACAGAUGAGCCCUACUCCAGAACUCGAGAUGCCUCUAGCUUUAGGCACUGA